AUGGACGAGAGCAAGCUGGAGAAACUGCGGCCGGCCGGCCGCCUGGAGAAAUACUCGACUGCACGCAAUCCGCAUAGAUUCUACACCAAUGUCGCGGUGACAGCAAGCUAUGUGCUCCCGUCGAGCUGCGAGCUGCCGGUGAAGGACUGCGUCUACACGGCCCUCGAGAGUCUGAUAGAAGAGCACCCAGCGCUCUCUGCCAUCCCCUUAGCCGAAGACUCGCUUGAGCCAUACUUUGUCCGGCUGCCAGAGGUUGACGUCGACCAGUGUGUCUCUUUCCGGGAGAGAAAUGCGGAAUUCAAUGCAGCAGCAGACGAAAGGGAUACGGAGCUGGAUGAGCUGCUGACCGAACAGCAUAAUAUAUCCUUUGCCGCCCCUCUACCUUACUGGAGACUGUGUAUCCUGACUGGUCCGAAAGACAGUCGACGGUUCACUGCUUCAUACUUCUGGCAUCAUGCUAUUGGAGACGGUUCGUCCGGAAAGGCCUUCCACAAGUCGCUCCUGGUGGCCCUGAAGAGUGUCUGCUCCAGCUCUACUGCUGCUUCAACCGUGAAAAGUGUGGUUGAGUCUCCCAAGACGCCUCUGCUACCGACCCUGGAGGAGACCUGCCCAAUGCCAAUGUCGUUCUUCUUCAUCCUCAGCGUCUGGUUCCGCGCAAAAAUAUGGGCACCAGCGCGAGAUCCGGCUCUCUGGGCAGGGUCCAAGAUGGUCACUCCCUUGCAGAACUGUAUCCGCCAUCUGGUCGUGUCUAAGCGGGAUGCAACGGUCUUUCGAGAGGUGUGCCGUGAGAACAAGGCCACCGUCACUGCCGGACUGCAAACAGUACUCGCGCAGGCAUUGUUCAAACAAAUACCAGAACAAUACACCAAACUAACCUGUGAGGGCGCCAUCUCCGCCAGACGUUGGCUGACAGACCCCAGCAUCACAGAUGACUCAAUUGGUGUCUGGGUACAUGGCUACCAUGAAGAGUACAGCAGAGACAACGUGUGCAAGAGUGACAACGCUUUCUCCUGGGAUGAAGCCAGGCGAUCAAAGCAGACACUUGACGCAGUACUCAGUCGUCGGGGGAAGAACAGCUUGACCGGUAUGCUCAAAUACGCGAAGGACUAUGUCAACGAGCUCUUCCUGUCCAAGCUCGGCAAGGAGCGAGAGAAGAGCUUUGAAGUGUCCAACAUCGGCGUCUUCAAGGCAGAUUCAGAUGACCAGACAGAGACAAGUCCACGGAUUGAGAGGAUGGUCUUUACGCAGAGUGCCAAUGUCUUUGGAUGUGCCAUCUCGACAUCUGUCAUCACCGGCGCCGAUGGCUGUCUUGUCCUGGGAUUCUCCUGGCAGAAGGGGGUCGUCGAGGACGAUUUGAUUGAUGCCUUCAUAGCUUCCGUCAAGCAGACACUUGGCUCUUUUGGAGAGGACCGCACAUAA